CACGAUCAAAAGCUUCUACAUGCAACGAACCAUCAGCAAACUUCCACGACUAGCACGAUAUACCAAACUCUCCCCGCGAACUUACUCUACAACCACACGCAACAUGUCUCUCUUCCCACGAUUUGUUCAAGAUGAGCUGGCAUCUUUCCAGCCACUCUUCAGGUUGGCUGAUGACUACGCCAACUACGCCUCGAGAGGCGGCAAUGGCACCAACUCCACAUACAUCUCCCGGAGCUUCAAGUCCUUCACACCCAAGUUUGACGUGAAGGAGACCAAAGAAGCCUACGAGCUCCACGGAGAACUACCAGGCAUCCAGCAAAAAGACAUCAACAUCGAGUUCACGGAUGCUCAGACCCUGACAGUCAAAGGCCGCACCGAACACACUCGCGAAGAAGGCACUCGUCCGACCGGUUUCAUCGAAAGCCAAGAACAAGGCAAGAUCACCGAUGGCCACGACUCCAACUACCACAAGCCUUCGGUAGAAGACGAAGCAACCAUGUCCGGAGGCAACCCAGAUGCUUCCAAGAACUCCCAAGUCCAGAAGUCUGAACAACAACCACAGCACAAGUAUUGGGUCUCGGAGCGUUCGGUCGGCGAGUUUGCGCGAACUUUCUCUUUCCCGACGAGAGUCGAUCAGGACCAUGUGAAGGCUAGCUUGAAGGAUGGUAUUCUCUCCAUUGUCGUUCCGAAGGUUACGGCUCCUUCUAGCAAGCGUAUUACCAUUGAGUAGGUGGUUUUUCAUGGUACCAGGAAUUUUAUGCACCGGUCCAUUGAGCAUGGCGGAGGAGUUGGGAUUUUUUUCUGAUGAGAUGUGAAUUAGCAUAACAUAUAAUCAAUCAAAAGUCUUCCAAA